CAGCUAGGCAGCAGGUGGAGAGACAUGCAGACUGAUGAGCAGCAGCAGCAGCAGCAGAGGAGCCAGUGUGUGUGUGUGUGUGCGCGCGCUGACAGUCAGUCAGGGCUGAGCCGCCGACAAACAAGCACCAACCACCGCCGUCACUAUAAUUUGUCCUCUCCUGCAGCAGCAGCCACAAUUGUUCUAAUUGCCGGAUAUAUAAGCACCUACAAACGAAGCCUGGUAGAAGCUUCCAGGCAUGGUUCCUCCGUCCGCCUCUGUGGUUGAACGGGACGCCGGUGAAUAACACUCGCAGCUGGGUAAAUGACUUGAGGAACUCUCGUCGGAAGUCAGCGGACAGAGAAAGCGGUUUUAUGGGACAUGAAUGUGACCGGGAAACAGCAACCUGAGCUGAUCGAGCGACCCGCCAGCCUCUUGGUUCCAACUUCGACAAAAUCUGGAAUUGCUUUGCUGUACAAUGAGGAGACCAACAAUACCUAUGAUGUCUGCCUGAAAUUGACCAAAGAGGUAUUAACCAUACAGAAGCUGGAUGUGGUUUGCACAAGUGGAAACGAAUCCCAAGUAAAUCACAGAACUGUUGUACUGCGAAGACAGGCGACUGGAGGUCUGGGCUUGAGCAUCAAAGGCGGUGCUGAGCACAACGUGUCUGUGGUUAUCUCAAAGAUUUUCAAAGAUCAAGUAGCCGAUCAGACGGGGAAGCUAUUCGUCGGGGACGCCGUGUUGCAGGUCAAUGGCAUAAACGUAGAGCCUUGUACUCAUGAGGAAGUUGUUCACCUCUUGCGCACCGCAGGAGAUGAGGUCACCAUCACCGUUCGCUACCUGCGAGAAGUUCCAUCAUUUCUAAAACUGCCUCUAGGUUCCCCCGGGCCGUCCACUGAUCACAGCAGAGUAUCCUCUCCUCUCUUUGACAGCGGCUUCCAUUUAAAUGGAAACGGAAACAGCACAGCUCCAUCACCCCCUUCGCCCUCAGCUAACGAACCAAAGUAUGAGAAGCGCUGGCUGGAUGCCGUCUGCCUGCCCCUGUUGAUGGCCAGAGUCUCCAGAUACAAAGCUGGCACAGAUCAAUUAAGGUCCAACUGUUUUGAAGUAUUCACCUUCGAUGGAGCCAGCACCAAUAUUCUUCAAUUUUGCACUGCGGCAGAGAGCACUGACUGGCUCCAAGCAAUAUCUACAAAUAUCAAUGACCUGACACAGGAGAAUAUAAAGAUCGUCAACAAAUACUGCUCUUCAGAUGAUCAGAUUGUUCACAUGGGCUGGGCAAGUGAAAGCCCCGAGGGUAGCGCCGCUGGUAGAACUUCAGCGUUCAAGUUCCUGGCACUGAGAGGACCAUAUUUUUAUAUCUUCAGAAGCCCCCCGAUCAGCGCUGCUGACUGGGGACAAGCUGAAACAACAUAUAACCUCUAUGAGGUUCUUUUCAAGGUCCACAAGCUGUGGAUGGCAGAGGACUGCUGGCUCCAGGCGAGGCUCUACUUGGGGCUCGAGCAUUCGCCUGAGCAGCAGGACAAUGAGUCCCUGUGCUUCAGUAUUCUGGUCGGCCACGGCCAGAGCCACACCUUCAGGGUAGAGCUGGCCACGGACCUGGCUAUCUGGGAGAAGUCCUUCCAAAGAGCUGUCUUCUUGGAGGUGCAGCGAAUACGAUCUAAAAGCUACAUGUGCAGCAGCCAGGGGAAUGUGCUGUGCUUCACCAUAGAUUUUGGAUCAGGCUUCACCUGCUCAGAAGGCACUUCAAAGGCCGCACUGUGGCGAUAUAAGUUCUCUCAACUUAAAGGCUCUUCUGAUGAUGGGAAAACCAGGGUAAAACUACUUUUCAAGAAUGCUGAAAGCAACCAAAUAGAGAUGAAGGAACUAGAGUUUGCUAAUCUAACAGCCGUCCUUCACUGUAUACAUUCUUUUAUCGCUGCCAAAGUGGCCUCCAUGGACCCUCUCUUUAUGUGCAGUCAAAGCUUCCCUGGAAAUUACAUGAACAGUUAAAGAAGACCCCGUCCUCGUCGUCAUGUGCACCUGUGGAAAAUCAACAGUAUUUUAUGCACAGAGCCAAUUGAUAUAUGUAUAUCUUGUUCUUGCUAUUUUUGUAUGAAAAAAAAUAAAUAUUUGUAAAAGACUGUAAAGGUAGAUAAUGUAUGAAUUAACGGUGGAAGGAAGAUGUUGUUUUUUGUUGUUGUUUUUUUGACCAGUAGAGAAAACUACAAUCCAAACGGAUCCACAGUUCUUCCAUUUCUUUAUUAUUAUUUUUUUCCCCAUUACAUAACGGAUUCUGAUCGGAGGUUACUUGUCUACUUGUCACUUUGAAAGGCAGCACCUGUGCUACCAUAUGGCGUGUAACUGACAUACAUUUGACAACAGGACACGAAUCGCCAAACAUGGCAACUGCCACUGUUUUUAGCAGGAAAUCUCAGCUGAUAUAUAUCUAUGAAGAAUAAUGAUACCUAGUGAGUAAGAACAUUUUUAACAAACGUGAAUCUGAUGCUGACUUACCGUCACGGGGAAAUUCACAUUUGCCAGACCUUUGACAGGGAUUUUCUUUCCAUCAAAUUCACAGUUGAACAGUAAUGAAAAAUUGAACCUUUCUCUGUUCCCAGUUCCUCUGGCUUACUUAGUUUUCUUUUGUCUGUGAACACAAACAUCUUACAAUAUAAUGCAGUCUAAUAAGCCUCCAAAUCACCAUUGAAUUGAAUCAACACCUCUCUUAUAUUGUCCCAAAUAAAAUUUAAAAUGAGGCAGCAUUUAACUGCAGGGCUACUUUAUUGGCUUAGAUGAAAUUGUAUGAUGUUUGUUUGCUAUUGUGACCAUCUUUUGUAUCUAUUUAAAUGCAAAAAUCCCUGAGUUUCCAAUCUCUCAAUGAGGACAUUUUUCUCUGAAAUGUGCCAUUUCAGCGUCAAAGUAUUGUUAAAAGACCCACUUUUAUCAUCUCUCAUUCUAAUACAGUGAACCUACUGUAUGUCUUCAGUUGCUUUAUGUCAUGGUUUUAGUGUGAAAAUGCAUAUUUGCUGUGUUUUCAAUAAAUUGCUCAUAAAGCACAACUGCCUGUCAUCUGA